UAAAUUUUGAGUGUAUAUAUUUCAUUCCUGAUAAACCCGAGUUUUUUGUUGAAACUUAAAACCCUGCGCCCCAGUUUUUGUUCAACUGAUCAAUUCAGUUCUUCAAUUUUCACCAUGUCUGAUUCUUCACAUGGACGAGAAAUCGAUGAUGAUUCUCCACAAAUCUCUCCACAUUACUGUUCUGAUACUUAUGAUGAUGAACCCAUUAGCUGGAAAAUUCGUAAAAUCGAAAGACCAGAUCGACUUAGCGCCUUGACGGAUCCUUUGGUACUUCACAUCCUCUCUUACUUGCGGAUGGAAGAAGUUAGGAGAACUGCAAUUCUCUCAAAAAGAUGGCGCCUUUUAUGGACCUCAGCACAUAAUCUGGUUUUCAGGUGCACUGGAAAAUCUCAUUACUCUGUAACUGCAUUCAUAACUUCGGUUGAUGAUACAUUGCUUCUAUCUAAGCCUAAUAAGUUGAACAAGUUUUCGGUUGAAUUUCGUUACAAUAAAAAACUUGUUAAGUGUGUUAAUAAAUGGAUGUUAUUUGUACACAAUAAAUAUGUUGAAGAACUGGAGUUGUAUCUGAUGACAAGGGGUUCAGACAAUUUUUACAAUUUACCCCAGAUUUUGUACUCCAACGCCUGUUUUCGAGAAAUGAGUUUGUGCAAUUGUAAUCUUGUACCAAAGGAGGGGAUAAAUUGGCCUUCUCUAAAGGUUUUGGUUAUUAGGAAAGCUGAGUUGAACAGUGAUAUCGUUGACGCGAUAUGUUCUGGAUGUCCUUCUUUGGAGUCUCUCAAGUUUAGCAUGUGUUAUGGGGUUAAUUUAUUUAAAAUUAACUCCAAAAGUGUGAAGAAGUUGGUGAUCAGUGGAUAUUGGCAACAAGUACAUGACGAGCUUGAUGACGACAAUGAUGCAGAGCUGAUAAUAGAUGCUAGGAAUAUUACUUCGCUGGAGAUUGAAGGAUGUUUUCAUAAAAAAAUUGUUCUUCUUGAGAACGUAUCAGCUCUAGUCCAUGCUAAGCUAGAUUUCUUUAGGACGACAGAUGAUUAUGAAAGUUAUCAUAGUGAUUUCAAGAUUGACGAGGAUAUGUUAAGAGAUCUCCUGGUAUUACUCGGGGAUGUUGAAAAACUCUCGGUUGGGUCAUGGUGCCUGCAGGUCCUUAAUAUGAUAGAGACUAAAAACUCGUCAUGCCCGAGAAUGAGAUGCAAAGACUUGACCUUGAACUCUCGUUUGACUAACAAGGAGUUUCCUGGGUUAGCAAUCCUUCUACAAAGUUGUCCUCUAGUCGAGGUCUUGAACAUAAGUGACGAAUCUGCUUUCGAAGAGUACAGUGUUGGGUGGUCAUUCACGUGGCGCACUGAUGAAUUUUCUGCAAAAAAAUACUGGAUAACAAGACCUUGUUGGGUGCUGAAUCUCAAGACUUUAAGGAUUGACAGCCCCUGGAUAUAUGAGAUUCUGUAUUUUGAGUACAUCUCUACGUUUCUGCAAGCUGUUCUAAAGAAUGGGUUAGUGCUUCAGAAAGUUAUCCUUCCCUCCUUCACUGACAGAACAUGGAUAUCCCCCAGGCGCCAUACCAUCGUUGCAGAAAUGUUGCUAAGCUUUCCGAGGUCUUCAAAGGAUGCUGUUAUUUUGUUCUCUGGUUGAGAAGCAAAAGUAAAUUGUUAGUAUUUAUUAAAACGUGCUUCAGAAACAUAUACUGUAUGUUUUUUUUUCUUUAGACUCGAUGCUUGCGUACAUUCUUCUUUUCUCGAGUCAGUCAACCAAGGCUCAAUUUUUGAGCUAGCUAUAGUUGAGAUGGAUUCUAAUAUAUAUUAUAUUACUGGUGCUUUAAUGCUUGAUGUUUAUA